UUGUAUGAUUUAUUUUUCACUAGAGUCAUUGACAACUCUUUCCAACUAUAAAUUUCAGGGUUCAUAUCUCUCUCAAUCCUAGGGAGCAUCUUCAUCAUACGUCAAGGAUCCAGCUUGAGUUAUCUCAACAAUCAGUUGCCAACUGAUUGAUAAACUGAAAAUGACACUUUGGAUCUUGGCAUUUCUAAUCGUUCUUAAUCAUUCCAAAGCAGCUCUGUUUUGUAAGUAUUGCUGGGGUCUGGAAAAUGAGGCUUUAAUCGUGAAAUGUCCCAGCCAAGAUGCAUCUCAAUACCCCGUGGAUUGGUAUUACUCAAAAACCAAUAGAAGGGUCACUACUGAGAAAACAAAUCGUAUAUUUGCCUCAGGGGAAUAUCUUAAGUUUCUCCCAUCAGAAGUCAAUGACACUGGAAUUUACGCUUGCGUAGUCAGAAGCACCUCCAAUAAAACCAGAUAUAUGAAUAUCACCAUACAUAAAAAACAACCAGAUUGCCAUAUUCCAGAUGAGCUGAUGUAUGUUGAAAUAUCUGGAUCAGAAAAAAAUUCCAGAAUAUCUUGUCCUACGAUUAACAACUACAACUGGAAGACAGCACCCAUUGAAUGGUUCAAGAAUUGCAAAGCUCUUCGAGGAUCAAGGUACCACACACAUGAAUUUUACCUGGUGAUUGAAGAUGUGACCAGCAGGGACGCAGGAGAUUAUACAUGUAAAUUUGUACAUAAUGAAAAUGGAGUUAAUUACAGUGUGACAGCAACCAGACCCUUCAUAGUUAAAGAUCCAGAAGGCUUUUCUUUGUUUCCAGUAAUUAUAGCUCCUCCACAAAACGGAACGCAGGAAGUGGACAUUGGAAGAACAGUAAACAUAACUUGCUCUGCUUGCUUUGGGAAAGGCCCUCAAUUUGUGAUGAAUGUUCGGUGGUCGGUUAAUGAAAGAGUAGUUGGAGACUCUGGUGAAGCCAGAUUUCAAGAGAAGAAAGAGCAAAACCAAAGUUCUAGCAACAACCUGACUUGUAUAAGCACCGUUUUAAUAAUAACUGAUGUGAAAGAAGAGGAUUUAUUACAGAAAUUUGAAUGUUUGGCCAUGAAUUUGCAUGGCCUGAGGAAGCACAACAUCAGGCUAAGGAGAAAAAAUCCAAGUAAGGAUUGUUUCUGAGACUUUGGUCAUGUGACUUGCUCUAUCAACUAUUAAGUCUUAGAGAACAAUGUGGGGAGCCCUCAAGACAACAAAGGGACCCAUCUCCUUCCUGCAGUGCUUUUUUCUUCUUGGGAAGCUGACCAAGCAGUAAGCUCACAGAAAGUUUCUGUUGGCCUGGUUGCCUCACUGCUGCUUUACUUCCCCCUUCCCUGUCCUUCCCCACCCCUUACCCACUCAC